AUGGAUGUAGUUCAAGAAGAACAAGCUGCCUUCAGAGAGGAGAUAGACUCUGUCAAAAGCAAGAUUGAGCAAAUCUUUGAGGCUAUACAAGCUCUGGCUAGAAGGGAAGAAGAGGCUCGUGUUGCCGCUGCUGCAAGGAACGAUGCUCUAGUUCAAGGGGUUGCUCUUCAGUCAGGACCUUCAGUUCCUAUUCCAAAUCCCGUUAUCUACGGUCUUCCUCCAGGUUUUGUUCCACCACCUGAAAGAACUCAUGUGCCUCCACCUGCGCAAACUUCUGGAGUAGCUGAUGGAGUCGCUGCGCAAGGACCUCCGAUAGUCAAUCAAGUGGUCAUUCCCCGUACUGAUGAGGAGCUCCAGGACGAGUUUGAAAUGCAUAACUACAAUGGAGCUACUCCAAUAGUCAUCCCUACUGCUGCCCAAGAUUCCAAGGCUAUCUUGAUGUGUCGUGCUCUGGUCGAAAAGCUAAGAAUCUUGGAAGGACAUAACUCAACCCGAUUGAGUGCCUUGGAGAUGUGUCUGGUCCCAGACGUGGUGAUUCCUCCAAAAUUCAAAGCUCCAGAAUUUGAAAAAUACAAAGGCCUCACAUGUCCUAACAUACACUUGAAAAUGUAUUGCAGAAAAUUGGAUGUCUAUGCCAGAGAUGAUAAGCUCAUGAUCCAUUGCUUUUAG